UCGCAGUUGCCGCGGCGGAUAGCUAUCAUCUCUCUUUCGCAAAUGGCGGCACUGUCUGCCUAUCCGAAUUUCAGUGCGAUUUCCGGCGCCGGUGGCUUUACAAGAGAAAGGAAUGUCAAAUUUACAAGGCAGCCGGCGGUGACCAGAGCGGCGUUGUCGACACAAGGUACGACUCAGUACGAAGAAGGGGAUCUAGAGCGGCCUAGAUGGACUGGCGAAACUCCUCUCUCUCGUCUUGUAGGAGCAAUCAUCUCCUUUAAACCACUCUUCUCCUUACUUAAGAUCGGUGCAAGACGAGUCCUUAUCAGUACAGCGGAGAAAACUAACAUACCUUGGAGACAGAUGACAACUGAUAUCCUUGAAUCGGAAGAUGUUUACAAAGAAAUGGACAGUGUUCUUAAUAAGUCAAUCGUCUACCCUAGCUAUUAUCUCAAUCCUUUCCAUGCAUAUGAUGAAGGAAAUCUCAGUUGGCUGGCUGCUGCAGAAGCAGAGGCAGCAACCAUGUCAAUGGUUAGGCGAGCAAUACCUGAGGCCUCUUCUCUAGAUGAAGCAAAUCAAAUAGUUCGCGGAAAUUGGCUUAGUGCUAUUGAAAAACACCAUCAAUGUCAUUCACAGAAUCUUACUAUAGAUGACAUUCUUGAUAUUGGAUGUUCUGUUGGUGUGAGCACAAGAUAUCUAGCGGACAAAUUUCCUUCUUCCAAAGUGACGGGUUUGGAUCUAUCACCUUAUUUUCUUGCUGUUGCAAAAUUCAAGGAAAAGAAGAACAAUAUAUCAAGAAAGAAUCCCAUCAGUUGGUUACAUGCAAAGGGUGAAGAAACAGGAUUGCCUGCCAAAUCAUUUGAUAUCGUUUCUAUUGCUUAUGUGUUUCAUGAAUGUCCCAAGGUGGCAAUCAUUAACUUAGUGAAGGAAGCCUUGCGGCUGCUGCGGCCAGGAGGAACUAUUGCCAUAACCGAUAAUUCGCCAAAGUCAAAGAUCCUCCAGGAACUGUCUCCAGUGCUUUUUACAUUGAUGAAGAGCACUGAACCAUUUUUAGAUGAAUAUUACUUGACAGAUCUUGAAGGAACAAUGAGAGAAGCUGGUUUUGUAAAUGUUGAGACAAUUCUCACAGAUCCAAGGCAUAGAACUGUAACAGGUACAGUGCCUCCUUUAUUAACCUAAUUUCAUAUAUACCUUAAAAAACUCCAUUGAUUCAAAGAGAAGGUCUAUUAUCAUCUACUGUAUGUGAUGGAUUUAUGCAGUUAACUGUAUGUAAUUACCAAUAACAUAUAUUAUUUAUACAACUUCAAAGAAUUAUCAAAUGGAAUUUUAUAUGUUUUUUAU